GGUACUACACAAGAUGAAUUCUAGGUGAGUCUGCAGUUUAAGCAGUCUCUUAGGUUUGACAAAGCGUUCCUUUACAAGGAAUUUAGACUGGCAUCCUCUGGAGGGGAGAAGAGAGAAGGCCUGUAUGGAAUUUUGGUCCUUAGAACCAUUUAGUUGGGUUUCGUUUGUAUCAUCUGCCUGGUUCUUUCAUUUCCUAGUUAGCAGAGCCAAGGUAAGACACACCUAUCUCCUUUAUUAGCUGAUGGGAGUUACUGUGAUUUUUAAAAAAAGGCUCAUACCAAGGUGAGAAAUUAAAAGAAGGGAGACAUUUUUUUAAAUAAAAAGAGCACAUAGAAUAGAAAUAUUGGCAAUGACAAAAAUUUCUUUUUAAAAUGAGUAUACAGACUUUAUUUCAGAGAGAGUGUUAGUUUGCGUCUGCAUUUAAAAUGUGGUACAGGACGGACAAGAUAUUAGUCCAUACAAGGAGAUGCAUUCUUUCAAGAUUCCGAAUCAUCACAGUGGCUAAGCCCCUGACUUGGAUCACCGCCUAACUCACAGAUUCUGAAUUGAUUAAGGAUAUGAGUUUUUCAAAGGAUAAGUCGCAAAGCAAGUCCCAGACUAAACGAAUCUCUUCUCGAGACCCAUUUAAAAAUGUUAAUGGUGAAAUAUUAUCUGGGUCCUAGCCAAAGAACUGAAGCCUUUGGCCUUCUAGCAACCCUUGCAGAAUCCUCAGCCAGGCUUUCAUUGUUAAGCUGCUAAUAGCUAACACGUUUGCCCAUUUUCCUUCAACUUCAUAGAAACGGCUUUUUUUAUCUUCUCCAGACCUGUAAAUAGGUAGGUACUUUAGGAAAAUUUGUGGAAAGUAUCCGUUCUCCUAACUUUCAGGUCCUCGGGAAAAAAAAAAAGUAUUGAAAAAGUGUAAAAGAUAACGUGCAACUACUCCCCAAAGAUCUUAAUUGGGAGCUACUGGCGCGGGAGGAUGUGUGUGUGUUGACAGAGGUUCCCACAAGUUCUUCCCCCACAGCUGUUUAUUCAGAUAUCAUGGGGCGCGUCAUUUACAUAAUAAAUUUUUUUUUAAAGCAGCGAGGUUGAGUCAGACCAUGCUCUGCUCCUCUCAAUUGUUGCAUUUAAACCAAUAAGGUUAGGACAAGAGACUAGCUGUGGUUUGCGUUGCAAAAACAAAACAAAACAAAAAGCCCCGAGGCUUCGUGGGCAGACCUACAAGGCUGCGCAAACAAAUCGGGGGGGAUGAGAUUGUGCCCUUUCUUUGUCUAGGCGUCUCAGAUGCUAUCUGCCGCUGCCGUUCGCCGGGGCGCAAAGCCGUUCCCAAACAGACCGCGGCGAGCUGAUGGCUCCGAGCUUGCGGCGAGGUAGCGAGUGUGCAGGGCCACUUCCGACUGGAAGCCUUCCUGUGGCGGUGCGCGGUGGCGGGGUCCUUCCUGGGGAAGGCGAUCGCGCUCAGUCGCUCCGCAGCCCGAGACUGCAGCAGCGCCCGGGCGCUGUCCCCGGGAGCCGGGCAAUCCCCGGCCUCCGCGCUCCGCUGCCAGACGCGCCACAGCGCCUCUGAGAGCUCCCGGGUCUCCGCGUUCCUGCCCAGCAGCCAAACUAUGUCAGGAAUGGAGGUCUGCUAACACAGAAAACUCCAAGGAGCACACUAAACCGGUGGGAGCAGCAGAUGUGAGCUCUGUGCAAACAUCUCACACCAGUUCCGAUGUUGCUCUUUCCUCGAGUUGCAGGUCUAUGGAAAUGCAGGAUCUAACCAGCCCGCACAGCCGACUCAGUGGUAGUAGCGAAUCCCCCAGUGGCCCCAAACUCGAUAGCUCUCAUAUAAAUAGUACUUCCAUGACUCCGAAUGGCACCGAAGUUAAAACAGAACCAAUGAGCAGCAGCGAAAUAGCUUCAACAGCAGCAGACGGGUCUUUAGACAGUUUCUCAGGUUCAGCUCUCGGAAGCAGCAGCUUUAGUCCAAGACCAGCUCACCCAUUCUCUCCACCACAGAUUUAUCCUUCCAACAGACCAUACCCACAUAUUCUCCCUACCCCUUCCUCACAAACUAUGGCUGCAUAUGGGCAAACACAGUUUACCACAGGAAUGCAACAAGCCACAGCCUACGCCACGUACCCACAGCCGGGGCAGCACUAUGGAAUUUCCUCCUACGGUGCAUUGUGGGCAGGCAUCAAGACGGAAGGCGGAUUGUCACAGUCUCAAUCACCCGGACAGACGGGAUUUCUCAGCUAUGGCACGAGCUUUGGCACCCCUCAACCUGGACAGGCACCGUACAGCUACCAGAUGCAAGGUAGCAGUUUUACCACAUCGUCAGGAUUGUACACAGGAAAUAAUUCACUCACCAAUUCCUCCGGAUUUAACAGUUCACAGCAGGACUAUCCGUCUUAUCCUGGCUUUGGCCAGGGUCAAUACGCACAGUAUUAUAACAGCUCGCCGUAUCCAGCACACUACAUGACAAGCAGUAACACCAGCCCAACCACACCGUCCACCAAUGCCACUUACCAACUCCAGGAACCACCUUCUGGCGUCACAAGUCAGGCGGUCACAGACCCCACAGCAGAGUACAGUACAAUCCACAGUCCUUCAACACCCAUUAAAGAGUCCGAUUCCGAUCGACUGCGUCGAGGUUCAGAUGGGAAAUCACGUGGCCGAGGCAGGAGAAACAAUAAUCCCUCACCUCCCCCGGAUUCUGAUCUUGAGAGAGUGUUCAUCUGGGACCUGGACGAGACGAUCAUAGUUUUUCACUCCUUGCUCACGGGGUCCUACGCCAACAGAUAUGGGAGGGAUCCGCCUACUUCUGUUUCCCUUGGACUGCGAAUGGAAGAGAUGAUUUUCAACUUGGCAGACACACAUCUAUUUUUCAAUGACCUAGAAGAGUGUGACCAAGUCCAUAUAGAUGAUGUUUCUUCAGACGACAAUGGACAGGACCUAAGCACAUACAACUUUGGAACAGAUGGCUUUCCUGCUGCAGCCACCAGUGCUAAUUUAUGCCUGGCAACUGGUGUCCGAGGUGGUGUGGACUGGAUGCGAAAACUAGCCUUCCGCUACAGACGAGUAAAAGAGAUCUACAACACCUACAAAAACAAUGUGGGAGGUCUGCUUGGCCCAGCCAAGAGGGAAGCCUGGCUCCAGCUAAGGGCUGAGAUUGAAGCACUCACAGACUCCUGGCUGACCCUGGCCCUCAAGGCCCUCUCCCUCAUCCACUCCCGGGCAAACUGUGUGAAUAUUUUAGUAACGACUACCCAGCUCAUCCCAGCGUUGGCAAAAGUCCUGCUAUAUGGCUUAGGAAUUGUGUUUCCAAUAGAAAAUAUUUACAGUGCAACUAAAAUAGGAAAGGAGAGCUGUUUUGAGAGAAUAAUCCAAAGGUUUGGAAGGAAAGUGGUGUAUGUCGUCAUAGGAGAUGGAGUGGAAGAGGAGCAAGGAGCGAAAAAGCAUGCAAUGCCCUUCUGGAGGGUCUCCAGUCACUCAGACCUCAUGGCCCUGCAUCACGCCUUGGAAUUAGAAUACCUGUAACAGCCUCGUGCCAACCUGACGCUGCACUACUGCCCUGUGGCCAGAGAUAAUCCUGCAGGCUUGUCUUGUGUCAGUGCUGGACUCCAGGAUAUACCAAUGUCAGCAUAUGGAUGCAUGGCUGCUACAGUCUUGACUGCUAUCCUCGGGGUUAAUGGAGGACCAUGUUUAUUCUUCAGAACAGCUGUUGACUCUAGUACUGUGAAUCCAGUGAAAGGAAGCCGUGAGAAUGUUCUUGCACAGUGUGGUAUGUCUUGGCUAUAUUAACUACAUGGUUCAAACCUGUGAAGAAAAGACCUACAGACACUUUGGUUUUCAGCAAAUGUGAUGUAAACAGCGUCUGCAACCCAGCAAACUUGAUCCCACAACAAAGACUGACAUGUGACUGACAUGUGACUGACAUGUGUCCCCUGAACAACCAUGGAGCUAUUUUCUCAAAGGUUUACUUUUUGGUGUCUCCCACCCGGGGCAAUCUGUACUUCGCUACUUAUUUAUGAAAAAGACUUUGGAUAAACAGAUUUGCUGAAGUAUAAUUCACAUAUCAUAUGAUUCACCAUGAAAGACUUCUCAGCUUCAGAUAGUUGAAGGGACAAUAGCAUGAGAAAUAAUCAAGGAAAAGCCUUGGCCUGAGAGUAUGGCAAGUACUUUGAAUUUUAGCACAUUGCAAAGUAGUUUAAAGUAUGUCUAAUUUAAACAUGUAAAAUGUACAUCACUGAGACAAUCGUGUACAGAAAGAAUUUUUGGUGUAAAUUUGUAAUAAUGGAUGAUUCUUAUACAUUCUGUUUAGGGAAAUGCUAUUAUGAGGUAGAAAUGCUUUCCUAGGAAGCUUGGGCACAAACUCCUGCAGUGCCUUAUCUAAGUAUUGGGUAUAAAUAUUGUAGAUAAUGGAUCUUUUUGAUAAUGUUAUCUAAGACCAAAAGCAUGAAUGUCAAUGUCAACAAGGAUUUUAUUUUCUCAGUCUUUUAUCCCAUCCAUUUUUCUAAUUUGUGUGUGUGUGUGUGUGUGUGUGUGUGUGUGCGUGUGUGUGCGCAUGUGUGUUGGUUAGAAGGGCCUUGAUAAAAAUAACAGUGGCUCACAACUGAAAAGUUUUGAAGUCUUCCUGACCACUUCCCUGACUUUCUCGUUUCAACACAUUAAUGUAUUAUAUGUAACUACUUGGAAAAGAAUGACUAUUCGAAUGCUUCAUCCCACAGAAAGAAUAUAGAUGAUAGAUAUAUUUUAUUAAUAAAAUUAAGUGGAGCCUAGCAGAGUCUCCAUGCACUCAGAAUGAUUACCGCGUCUGGGUUUCUUGUUUAUAUCAAGGAGGACUUUACUACAUAACUGAGUCAGCAGCUCUUCUUACCCCUACUCUUACUCUUCCCUUCCCCACCCAGACAAGGGUCCUUAUCCCAUGGUGGGUGUGUCUGGCCAUCACAAGAAACAUUAAUGUCGCUCUCUGCUUAUGACAAGACAGACAUAAACCCAAAGGGGGUAGGGGGAGACACAAAAAUGAUCCUGUUUGUCAUGUUAUAAGAAAGAUUUCUUCCAAAAUGAUGAAUUUGUAUACAGUCAGGAGUCUUUCUCAUUGUGUACUUUGUGUUGCCAUGAAAUUACCCUUUGGAUCAAUUUUAAUGAAUAUUAUUAAUAAGUUAUCAAUAACAUUAUUUAAUAUUGGGAGCACCAGGUUUGACCCAGAGUAGCAGAAAAACCACUCUACUUUUUCCUUUUCUAAAAGUCAGUAUUGCUGCUAAAAUUAGUCAUUGUAAAUUCUCCAAAUUGUUAAAACGUAAUGGAAUUUGUUUCUCCCCUGAUGCAGACAGAAGUGGCCAGUGUUGAAACUUCUUCAUUUGAUAUUUUGUCCUCUGCAGACUGAAAAGACAGCCUUGACCUUGGCCUUACUGUAAACAGGUGUGCUGUGUCCACGAUUGUGUACAGAACUUUUUUCUUCAUUAAUUUUGUGUUUAAAUUAAUAAACUUGAUUUGUGCAGUACUGUA